AUGGAAUGGAAAUAUCAAAGUCGUCGUCGGUGCUCACUUAAGUCGCAAUCUUGUUUCUUCUUCUUCUUCCUUAGUCUCUGGCGCCGCUUUGUCUCAGUCGCAAUCUCAACGAUAUGGAGAAAGACAUGGCAUUGAAUUUGAUGAUGGGGGACAAACUGGUACUGAGAGGUUUGAAAUUUUACGGUUUCCAUGGAGCGAUUCCUGAAGAGAAGACGCUUGGCCAGAUGUUUAUGCUUGACAUAGAUGUUUGGAUGUGUCUUAAAAAGGCUGGUCUAUCUGACAACUUAGAUGAUUCCAUCAGCUAUGUCGACAUUUACAACUUGGCAAAGGAAGUUGUACAAGGGUCAUCAAGAAACCUUCUGGAGGCAGUAGCUGAACUUAUAACGUCCAAAACUCUGGAAUCAUUCCCUCAGGUCAAAGCUGUUCGACUGAAGCUAUGGAAGCCAAAUGUUCCUCUUAUCCAAAGCGCUAUCGAUUGUUUAGGUGUCGAGAUUUUCAGAAACCGCUCUACUGAAUAAACCACUACUACUACUUCUACUACUUUGAAUUCUGUUGUUUGUUUCAGUUUGUAUCCUUGAAAUUUUCAUUUUCAUAUCCAAAAAUACUUAUAACA